CUGGGAGGGAGCCAAGUGCUCACAUUCCUCCCACCCUACUGGGGAUAUGGAUGGGGAGGGACAGCUCUAACUUCACUUUCUCUCUCUGGGACCUGUGUGUAAGAGAACACCUCAUCUCUCAUGCGGACCUGCAGAGAUUGGAUUCUACCAUCUGAUUAUCUACUAUAAUAUUAUGCACCUUGAGUUUUGGCUGAACUGAAAUAUACUUUACUGUAUUGCACAUUGUUCCAUAAGAAGCUUUCACUGAGUGAGGGAGUACAGCAGAUUCAUUAAGAUGAGAAGAGGUCAGCAGAAAAGUCACCAAUAAUAGCACAAGCAGUUGUUUAAAUCAUAAGUGUUACCCUCUACAGAGUUAUUUGAUUUGGAUUGACCAUAAGAGAAAGAUAUGAAGACUGACUCAGGCUGCUGGGUUUGGAUGCUGCUGAUAGGACUUGUUGAAAUGAGUGGUCUGGUUAAAGCUGGCUGUAUGGAGGUUGGGAAGUGCUGCAAGGGUAGAGACAUGUCAUGUGUAAGCCAGGGAUGGAGGAUGGACAGGAUCUAUGGCACCUGCUUCUGUGACCAGGCAUGCAAGUUAACUGGGGACUGCUGCUACGACUACAGACAGGCUUGUCCAGCUCGUGCAUGCGUUGUGGGUGAAUGGAGCCAUUGGAGUGGUUGUGCGAAUCAAUGUGAACCAACAAUGCGGGUACGCCAACGGCAAGUGAAACAAGAACCAGAAAAUGGAGGAGAUCCCUGCCCACCCCUAGAAGAGAAGGCUGGGUGUCUUGAAUAUUUCACACAACAGGGCAAAGACUGUGGACAAUCUCACGUGCCUGCUUUCAUCACAACCUUUGAAUAUAACAAAGAAAGAAGAAAACGAGCUUUGUCAGCAGACUGGGCUUCUCAUACAGAGGAUUCUGGUUACUGUGUGGAGUUCCAGAUUGAAUCAUUGUCUCGCGACUGCAUUGAUGAAGUACGGCCAUAUGCACGAUGGAUGCAGUAUCUACGGGAAGGAUACACUGUAUGUGUGACAUGUCAGAUUCCAGCAAUGAAUAUCAAGAACCAUCGUUGCUAUGGAGAUGGCAGUGAUGCUGACAGAAAAAAAAUUCUACAUUGGCAAGCUGUUGGAAACUCGCGGUGUCAAGGAACCUGGAGGAAACUGAGAGAGUCUGAAAACUGUUCAUGCCCAACUGUCCAUAGCUUUAUAUUCACAUGAUGCCUUUAAAGUUCUCAAAAUAUACCAAUAAUGUAAAAUGUAUGGUAAUUUAAUGAAUUUUUGUUUUUAAAGUUAAAUGUACAUUCCCAACCAAUGCACUUAUUACCUGAAACAGUACUUAAAAGAUAUGCUUGAUCACUGUAGUAAGAAAAUGGCAGCCGUUGUCAAUAAAGGGACAUUAAACACUAAAUAAAUAAUUGCUUGAAUGAUGUAUUCAGAGGAAAGAUUAGCUUGAGAAUAAAUUGUACAUGUGUUUUUAAAAAUUAUAUUAGUUGUUUGAAUAUUGAAAAAAAUAAGGGUAAAGUUAAUGUCUGUAAAGCAGUGGCUGCUGCUUACCUUUUCUGGUUACCUUAGGUUACCUUUUCUGCUGAGGCCAAUUAGGAAUGAUAAUAAAUGGCUUACUAGAGUGUGCAACCAAUGACUGUGUAGUAUAUAGCGGUGUCUUCACUUCCAUGUUUAACAUGAGUUGGAAAGCCCACAAUAUUCAAAAUUCAAUCACAUAUAUUGUAAAGUUGUUUUACUACAUGUAAAUAAACAAUUUAUAUUAUC